AGGCUACAAUAUCUGAAGUCGAGGUUUGAACAAAAUUUCAACGCCAUGAAAACGGAAGAUAAGUGGUACUUAUCAAGUGGAAAAUGCGUAGAAGAUGAAUUAUAUGCUUUUGGAAUGCAAUGUGUGGAAGAACAUCCUAGCCAUUCAUUCAUUAUUGACGUCAGCGAUAAGAAUCUUGUCAAAUACAAUGUAUUCAAUGAAAAUGAAUUGAGAGAAAUAGAAACGUUCAAUAAACAGGAGAUAUACAAAAUGCCGUUAUCUUUACGUGACUACUUGAAUAGUUUCAACAAGACUGCAGCUGCUGAUAUACGACGUGAGAUAUUUACAUCACAAGAGUUUGAUAAGAAUUAUAGCCAUGACCUAUCAAGUGAUUUUGACUGGAUUAGACAUUCUGUCUACACAUUGCUGAGAUUAUACGAGUCAGAUAAAUUGAAAAAGCCCCACAGAGAAUCUUGGUAUCUUUCUCACGUUUGGCAAUUCAUCAGUAGUGUCUUUGACAAUAUAGAAAAUAUUGAUGUUCUUAGUCAAGAAUGUUCCAGUGUAAGCUCUAGUAAAAGAAAAAAUAAGGAUCGUUCAAUUGGAAGUAUUGAAAUGCGAGAAAGGAAAAAGAUGGGCUAUCGAUGUGAUAUGAUUUUUUGUGAAAAUCGAGUUGGUCAUGAUGAAAUUAUUGAAUAUGGUGCUUCAGAAGCAGGAAAAUUGUAUGAUGGUGACGAAGGGACAAAAAGAUUGGAAGAAGGAUCCAAAAAACUACCGAAGUGUUUGAAGAAUAUGUUGGACCGUUUAUUACUCAAAAAAGAUGAUAAGAUCGAAGAUACGAACAAUUGGAUUUGUUCAUUCUGGUCUUGA